AUGACAAAAUUUUUAAGAACAAAACUUUCGACUCAAACUGAUUCACCAGUUAAUUCACAAGUUUCUACAGCUUCAGCUAGUAACAACUUACAAGACCAACCAGAUAAUGAUGAACCAAAAACACAAUUAAAAACAGGACUACCUGUAUACGUAAAAUCUUCACAACUUUUCUUAAUGAAGAGAUUCAAAAAUAAACCAAAAGAAUUGGCGAGAUCUCUAUUAUAUGAAAUUUGUGGAAAAGAAAACUUGGCGAACAUGUGUGCUAAAGGGAGAAGUAAGAAUAAAACAGCUGUCCCUGCAGAAGUAAGAGCUGCAAUUCAACAAAAAAAAGAUACCAAAAAACCGUUAAGAGAAGAAAAAAAUGCCAGCGAAGGAACAGAGAUAAAUGAAGAUAAUAAAGACGAGACAGGAGAUGAGCAAAAUGACAGCGAAGUAUCAAAAAAUGAUGAAGAUGAUAGCGAUGAAACAGAGGCAGAUUCGGAUGAAUACGAAAACAAAGAAUCAGAAGAAGAUUAA